AAAACCUAUAAACCACUCCGUGUCUAAACUACAAUGGCUAUAUCUACUGAAAAUAUCGCACUUGCAUCCUUUGGCUCCAGAGUUGCUUUGACCACUUCUGAACAUCCAAAGCAUCCUUCAAGCAACAUCAUUGACGGAGAUGUCAAGACUUUUUGGGUAUCCACUGGUUUAUUUCCACAAGAAAUAACCGUUUCAUUUGCUAACCCUGCCAUGAUUUCCAAAAUCAUUAUUGUAUCUAUGAAAGUCGGACAUUUAAGCGUCGACUCUUCUAGCACAGAACUUCCAGUAAACUUUUCAACAAUUUUGGAUCAAGUGGUUGAAGAUACAGACGGUUCUUUGCAAACUAUAUCCAUUAGCCCAAAGGAAGCUCAAGUAACUCGCCAUCUCCGCUUGAAAAUCAACAAAGGAUACGCACCGUUUGUAUCCAUCCAUCGAUUGGUGGUAUACGGCGACCAUAACAUUCCGGCAGAAAUGCUACACUAGUAUUGAUUUCAACUAGCCUAUAUAAAUAAUUU